AUACGUACAUAUAGUAUAUCAAACCAACAGUAAAGAUGGCGGAAUUUGUUAUAAAGGCAAAACGUUCUCGAGCUCCCAAUUUUACAAAAUCGGAAAUAGAAGUUUUUACAUCAUUACUCCCAGUUUAUAAAAAUAUAAUAGAAAGUAAAAGGACCGACACGCAGACCCGGAAUGAAAAGGCAGGAGGCUGGAACGCACUGUGUGAUGAGUUCAACACUCAAUCGACAGUGUAUUUUCGUUCUGUGGAAAAUUUGAAAUCUCUGUGGGAUAACUUAAAGAAAGGUGCUCGCAGGGCCGCCAGACACAGUAGAGCUGAAAGGAACAAGCCAGGUGAAGGCGAAAUAAAUAGAAAUGGAGAUCCUUCACUCACUGACCAAAAGGUGAUCAGCAUCAUGGGACCAUCUGUUGUGGGACUUUUCAACCAGUUCGAUGGAGAUGCAAAUGUUCCAAGUGAAGUACAUUCUGAUGUAGAGCUCAGUGAAAUCGAAUUUUCCGCCGUGCCUGAACCUGAGCCAAGCGUAGUUUUUACUUACAAGGAAGAGGCACUCGAAACAUCAGAUCCGCUAAGUCCAUCCCCAAAAAUUAUAUUUCCACCAGCAUCCCCUAUAAAAUCAUCCACAGGUGUCCAGAAUACUUCGAAGGAGAAAUGGGGCGAAUACUUGCCGAAAAUCCUAUAUAAUAGGAAAUCGGAUGAUCUGCGAGUGAAUUUGUGUGUUGGUGGCUCAGCAAAAGAAAAGCCUGAGCGACCUAGUUUCUCUGCAACUUCGACAUCUGCCUCUUCUGGGAGUGAAAAGGAUGUGCGGAACCGAACAAUUUCCGAGGAAGAUGAAACGGUACAACAUUGCAAGAGACGGCGGCCCGUUUUACGUGAGAAUGUAGAAGCAAAGGAGCUUGUGAAAGCCAAAGUGGAACUGGUCAGAUGUUACAAGCAAAGAUUGGAGGAUGAGAGCAAACGGCGCCAGGAACUUCAUGAAGUGGAUAUGAGAAAAAAAAUGAAAGAGGUCGAGCUAUUGGAUCUUCAGGUGCUGAAAUUAAAAAAGGAAUUAGGGCUCAAAUAAAAGGGGAGCGAAAGACAGAAUGCCAUUUACUUGUACCACUAGCGGUAACAGAAUCAGUGCUUUAAUUAUACAUAUCUUCAUUUCUUCCUUUCUACAGGAAAUAUUGUCCUCUUUAGUGUCCAGCAGAAUUUUGCCCUACUCUAGUUUCAAGCUAUUUUCUUAAGUAAGAAUUUAUUUUCUAGGAUAGUCUUUAGUUCAAAUUAUUAUCCUAUAUUAUUUUUACUAUUAGAUUAAGGGCCGAUUCCACCAGCUGUGAUUAAAUUCUAAUCAUUGAUUAACUUAGUUUAAUCAGCAGAUUGUAUUCCACCAACUUUUAAAAUAUGAUUAAAGAAGUCUAAUCAUCGACCAACUUAAACGGCCAUUUUUGGCUGGUUAGCGAGUAAAUCAGUGCUUAACGGGAGUGAACAUAACCUCCAAGUUGAAUUUCAAGUAUAGUGUGAAAUAUUGAUCGAAUUUAUAACGAUAUCUUGUACUCACACAACUUAUAUUCAAUUUCAAUCGAUAACUAAUUCCUAUCCAUUUAUUUGGAAACAAUGUGCAUAAAAAAACACGUCGCCGUUCGUGCUUCGUGAGCAGUCGAGGUAUAUUUUGCGCGCGAAUACAAGUUCGAAAUCAGCGAAUCAGAAUCACCAUUACAACAGAAUCACGCAGAAACUAAACUUAUUGCGAACAGAGCAUACGGUUGGCUAACCAGAAGUAAAAAAUGUAUGGUGGAACACGUCACAAGUUAAGCGUGAUUAAACCGCCGAUUAAAAAAUAAUCAUGAUUAGUUAAUCAUGGAUUUAACCACAGCUGGUGGAAUCGGCCCUUAGGGGUUAAAUCACUGUAGAGCACGACAAAAUAGGCAUAUUUCGGGAAUUUUUUUGGCCUAAUAAAGAGAUCAAUCGAUAUUUUGUAAACUGGGAUUUAUAAUGCUAAUAAUAAAGUGCAGAGAAUAUUUUUUUUCAAAUUCGUUCAUGACAAAAUGGCGGCUGCGCAUUUUUUUUAGGUGUCCACGCCAGGAAUGCUGACUCUUGCAAUUUUUGACCUGGAUCAAAAAUCCAAAGUUUUUUCGAUUCUAUAGAACAACAGCAAGAGACGUGCGCAGGAUUUUUUUCAAUAUAUAGAUUUUUCGCGACAUGGUGCACUUUUUGAGAAAAAGAGUUUAAAAUUUCAUGAAAAAAUCGUUACAAAAUUAGUUAUAAAAAAAACUGUGUAGUAUAAAAAAACCUGCUUACGUCGCUGGAGAAGGCAAUUUUGGAUAUAUUUAAAAAAAAUUCAUAUCGAUUGGAGAGUAUUUGUUUGAUUUAUGUUUCCGACCAGUUCAGAGAAAGCGAUUUCAUUUAGACUUUUUCUGUCCUCCAUCUUUUGGUAUAUUAUUUUUAAGAUCCUGAAACACCUUUUCAGCCUACAAUAAAUUUCGAUUUUUUUAAAAUUCUUCAGUGGUUUAACCCCUUCAUUCCUUAUUUUUUGUUAAAAUUUAAAAAAAAAAACACUUUUUCUAUUUUUCUAACGCGUUAAUCACUGGGAGGUGCAAGUAAUAAGAUUCCUCGCCAUAGGUUUAAAGACGGAUCGCUAAUGACCAAAGUAUUAUUAUUUAUAUUAUGUAUAAACAAUUUUUGUUUCGAUCUGCUCUAACAGGUAUGUCCAAAUAUGAACAAAUAUCUACUCAUAACCAUAGUAUUAUUAUCUAUAAUAUUAUUUUAUUAAUCGUUUAUAAUAUUGGAUCCUCAUUUUGGCUUUAGGUUUAGAAUA